CACCAAAAGACUGUUGUGUACUUAUUCUGAACGGCGAAGCAAUAUGCUGUAAUAACUAAUUCUAUUUAUUCACAAUCUUCGUCAAUUCGUUCUGAAAAAUAAAACAUACGUAGAAAGUUUAUCUUUAAAAGCAGCACAAUGGUUGUUUAUUCUCAAGAGUAUAUUGAGAAGAAAUUAAAAAAUGAAUUAGAUACGUCAUUUAUUUCUGUGGAAGACCUAUCGGAUGGUUGUGGUGCAAAAUUCAAUGCUAUCAUUGUGACUAAAAAAUUCGAAGGUGUUCCUUUGUUGCAGAGACACAGGAUGGUAAAUGAAAUACUGAAAGAAGAAAUGAAAAAUAUUCAUGCAUUCACCCAGAAAACUUUAACACCUGAACAAUGGGAGAAACAAAAUCAAGCUAAUUAAUAACGACUAGGCUCUUAUUUAGAAUAUGAAUUUAGUAUAAAUAUAUUUUCAUUAUAAUAAAUGUGCAUUUCUGUUGUGACUGAAA